AUGGAGAGUUCCAGUGAAAAAGUUGCUCUCAGCGACAUCGGCAAUAAUGAUAUCGAAGCUAUUAAAGACCAGAAAGAUUCAAACGAUGGUCAUGAUGCUGGCAAUCAUGCAGCAAAAGUCAACGAAACUGAUUUGUUCAAUGAAAGUAAAUUCAAAACCUUUGUCAGCAUCGAUCGAAAAGACCAGCCAGCGUCGACUCUUAAAACUGAAUUCGAUCAAGUCUUCGAGAAAGGGAUCUCACAAGUGCAGCAGAAAGUCAACAGUUAUCUACAAAUCCAAACGACGCGUUUAGACGAGUGUGAACAGCGACUUGAAAACGCAGUCCAACAAAGUCGAGCAUUCGUUAAUAGGCAUGAGGAAGUAUGUCGCGAUUUGCGACGACAAGUCGAAUGUUUGCAUAUACAGCUUCAACGAGAACGAGACGAUCGAGCAGAGGAACGAACAUGGAUCACAAAACUCUGGCCUGAUAAUGUACCGCUACCAACGCUUUUGAUCACAAAAGCUGAGAUUGAGUUUGUUAAAGACUUGACCGAUGAGCAAGAACGCAGAUAUUAUGAGGCGCUGAUGACUAAGCGAGUCGAACGUGAUCGUGUUCGUCAGUAUCUCGAAGAGGCGUUGAACUGGAAGGUUGUGUUUCCACAAUCUUUUGAAGAGAACGACACUCAGUUGCCAUACUAUACAAAUACACGCACUGGUGUGAGUGUGUGGGAUGCUCCCGUGGCCAUCGAUUUUCAAGCACCAGCAGGUUGGAAUAUAACUACUAUGGAUUGGAAAGAAGACUACAGAUUGGAAAAUUUCUAUCCAGAAGCCCAAAGACGAACGAAACAGCCAGACGGUGAAAACAGUGACGAAGAAAAAUCUGAGACCGGUAGGAACGAAGAGAAAGAAGACUGUGACGACGGAAUUCUGUUAGAUCCCAUGCCAGCUCGUGAGCGGUUUGAAGAGGAGUUCAAACGCUACGAAUCGUUGAAAAUGCAGUUGGAGCAAUGUGCUGCCAAUCAACGCACGUUUGCAAUGGAAGUGCUGACUGCUACGCGUGAAUUAUUUGCGCAAGAGCAAGAGACUUUAAAAAAAGAAGACGAUGAAGUGAUUGCUAUUGAGCGUCGACGAAAAAUAGCUGAGCAAGAGGAGCAGGCGGCAGCAAAAGCUAAAGCUGACGCGCAAGAGCGCAAGGUUCAGCAGGCGAAAGCGAUUGCGCCAGUGUACGCUCGAAUUACGAUUGCAAAGAAGGGCUUGACCUCUGUAGUAGAUAUGGCAGUCGAGCAAGAACUACUCAAAUUUGCGCAGCAGAGACGUCUCGACCGUUUGUAUCUCUCUAUUCCUUUAACGCGAGAUGUGCGUGUUCGCAAUCGUCACCAAUUUGAGCCCGAAUUUGUUCACAUGAAGCACAUUGAGUCGCGCGUGCUUGAAAGCGAGCAUCUCGAGUCUCAAUUGCUAGAAAAAAGUGCGUUGCGUCUUGACGACGCUGCUGCGAAAGCUGCUGCAAUACAAGAAUACUGUCAUGAAAUUCGAAAGCAGCAACAGAGUGUUGAGGAUGAAAUCGCCAGAUUGGAGGCUACACUCACUUUAUAUAAAGCCCCAAAGCAGUUGCAACCAAGUCACCUAGAGUUUGAGCGAGCAAGUACUCGAAUUUUAAGCGUAGAUUCUCUUUCGGACGAGGACAAUUGCGUCGACUGUAAUGAUGAUUCAAAGGAUUUCAUCAAUAAUAACGUUUCAACCUCUCCUGAAGGAGAAAACUCCUUACCGUCUGGUUUUGUUACUGCAUCUAGAUCUGCCAACAUAAGUCUUGACAGUUCAUCAUUCGCUGGCAACGACCCCGAUGAUACUCCUCUGACGAGGGACGAAGCCGAAUUGCACGCGUUGAAAGCUUCAACUGAUUCUGUAUAUGCGGAAAAAGCAGAAAGGAUUCGAAGCAGUAAACUGCAUGAACUAUCGGAUCGACGUUCGUUCUUGGGCACGUCACUAAAACAACUUGUGAGCGCUUUAGCGCGCUACGAAGACGACUUUGAAUUCUUUAAUCGAUUAAGAGAUUCAGAAAAGGCUGCAAAUACACAACUAUGGGAUCUACAAGCCCAGACGCAAGUGGAGCGAGCACGGUUUCUUGUUGAGCGAACAGCACGCGAAGAAUCUGUUUUACAAGUGCAAGAUCGACUGCAUGAACUUCAGCAACGGCUAGAAGAUGCUUACGCAUUACCGAUGCAAGCUCAUUAUCCUCUUGAACGAAUGAGACUCGAAGCUCAAUCUGAAAAGCUAGUUGCACUUUUAACAAAACAAAAAAGUGAAUUAGAAGCAAAGGUUGCGAAAGAAGAGAAAGCAAAAGCAUUGCUCGUGUCUCUCGAAUUGAAAUCAUGUGACAUUGUGGAUGCAAGACUACGUGAAGAGUCUAUAUUGGCUAAUGAAAAACAGAGUCUUUGGGAGCUUCACGUUACGCUUAUGAAUGAGUUACAGACAAGUGGGGAUACGCUUGAUCUGCUGGUUCAGCAGAAUGAGACGAAAGAACAUUCUUGUUCUAUCGAUGAAAGUGUGGAAUCUUUCACGAAACAGCAGUUUGAAGAGAAUGUGCGUGUAUACGAGACCAAGCGGCAGUAUUUGAAGCAAGUCAGACGAUUUCUUCUCAUGUGUUAUGAUCGUGAAAAACGUUGGCGAGCACUUGCUGCGUGUAGUCUAAUGAAGCACACGACAUCAGAUGAUUGGAUGACAAAGCAGCAGUUGUCGCGUCAUGAAGAAGCUUUGUCUUUGAUACGUACGCAACAUGAAGAACAAGAGCAACAUUUACAACUUCAGAUCGAUGCGUUGAAUCAAGCAAAAGUCACUCUGCAAACACAAGUUGACGACUUAAACAGCAGAAUUUUUCGUUUACAGUCUAAUUAUCAAGCUGCAAGCGAGAGUAUACGAUUGCAAAAUCUCGAGGUCAUUACAGCCGUUCAACAAGAGACACAAAAGCUGAAGAUUCUACUUGAGAACGAAAAGCGAAAUUAUCGUUUGGAGCGAGAGAAACUGAUACGUACGCAUGACGUUAUUCGAGAAGAACUCGAAAUGCGAUUACAAGAGCUGGAAAAUGUAAAUGACAGACAAACUCAUUGGCUUACGGCGGUUAAGAGAGAAUUGCAAGCUCAACGUGCUGGGAAUGAGCAACUGUUAAAAGCAUAUACAUCGCUUGAAAAACGACGUGCUGCUGAAGUCAACGAUAUGCAUUUUCGCAUUUCUUCGCAAAUCAAAAGGAUUCACAAUCUUGAAAUGUGGAAUCUUGCGCUACAACGAUCAGCAAAAGACGCUGCAAAGGAUUACAGCAUAUUGCAAGAAGACAUUGAACGUCAUCAGCAGCGGCAUAUACAAUUGCAACGUGGCUUGCGACUAAUCAAUUGGCGUCACCGCGUGACAGCACAGAGCAUUCUCACAGAUGUAAAUCUGCUCUUUUCUUUUUUUUCACACGGGAUUGAAAUUCUUGCUGGAGCCACAGCAGAAAGUAACGAUUCUCUCCGUGAAAAUGCUGGAAUUGAAGUGCUUGCCGCGCUCGCUCAGUUUUCAAAGCGAGAAGAGAUACGUGCAAUUUGUGCUCAUGCACUUGGUCAAUUGUCGUGGAAUGCUAAUGCUACAAUGAGGUCAGUGGGGUGGAAGGCAAAAACAGUUUGGUUUCAAUGGCUUAAAUCGCAAUCCAACGCUGUUCUAGACAAAUUAUCGGCGACGGACACGUCAUUUGAUGAUGUGGCUGAGGAGGAAAGUACCCAUUUGAACUGGUUAGCAGAUCCUAGUGCACCAACUGAUGACAUUUCUGGUGAAAUUGAUCACAAUUUGAGUUCAACAGGAGGACGAGGCAAGUUUAAAAGGCUUCUGUUUUCAUCAACGUGGCAACAUUUUGAUGAGAAAGUAUCUCCUGAUAUGAACGUGGCUAAUCAACAAUAUAUUGGGCUAUCGUCCAAUAUUCUACGAACCAUUUUCGAAUUGUGUAGAUCAUCAGAAUUUGAUGAACGGGUAAAAUGUAGCGCGUUGCACUCCUUUGCUCUUAUUGCACGAAGCUCAAACAACACCUCAACCCUUGGACAAUUAGAUGGAAGCAUUUCAUUACUCGUAAAUCUGUUACAAUCCUCACUUGACCAACACAGCCCCCAACUAGUUCGACACGCAGCUCAGGCGCUUGCCAAUUUGUCAUAUCAGAACGCUUUCAAUCAGCAACUGAUCUUUGCAGAAGGCGGUAUCCCCUUACUCUUGUGUCUCUGUGAACGAGCUGUGACCUCGUCGAAUGCUCUUGCAGAUGUUGAUUUGACUCUAGCAUGUACUCAAAUUCUUUCACACCUUUCUCAUGAUCACGUACCGUCAUGUCAAAUGAUUGUCGAAUCUCGAGGAAUCGCAAUUCUUACGAAAUUAUGCACCUCGCCCCAAAUUCACGACGCUAUUGACGUAGAAAUCGAUGAUUGGAUCCAAAUGUACGCAUCCCAAGUGAUUGCCAAUACAAUUACGUUGCUUGAUGACGAAAGGAGCGAGAGCGACCAUCGUUCCUUCAGUGUAGCUGACUAUAUUUUACUAGAAGACAAAGCAAUAAUAUCAGGUGCUUCAAAUGAAAUCCAGACGCAUGAGUACGACAAUCAGAAAAAGACAAGAUCGAGAUCAAAUCAUGCGGGUGUCACGACAUUCGUUUUAAUGUGUGCUUCUUGUAAUCGCAAUGUUGCAUUUCAUGGGGCAGUUGUCUUGGGUAGUAUUGCUCAAACUGAUGCGAUUCGAGGUGCAAUUGGAGCAGCUAGCGGCAUUGAUGCCCUUUUCUUGCUUACAGCUCGAACAGAUGACUUGGCAAUAGUGGUACAAGCCACUUGGGCUCUUGCAAAUCUUACAUGGAAUCGUGAUAAUCAGUAUCGUAUUGCUCGAUACUUUGAUCAACUUUAUAAGCUCUGCACUCUUCAAGUUGAUUCGAAAUCCAAAUUUCUGGAAGACGCCAUUGCAAAUGAGGAAGUUGAUAAGUUUGUUCUACAGAUUCGACAACACGCACUCUGUAUCCUGGCCAAUUCUUUAUUUUACAAUGAGGCCAAUCGCCGACUUGUUGCAUCUCGUACCGAUUGGAUGCAGUUCCUUGGUCGUACUCUCUUUCAAGAUGAUAGAAUUUUGUUGGAAAACUCUACCAGAGCUUUGUGUUCAUUAUCGUACAGUGAUGCAAUUGCUUUACAAAUGGGUUCGCCAAUCUUCGAAGAUCCUUUUGAUGUAAAUUCAGUCAAUGGGCUUGAAGUUUUCAUUCGAAUCUGUGGAUCAGAAAACAUCGCAGCUCAACAACAUGCUCUUUUUGGUGUCAUCAACAUGUGCUUACACGACGUUAACAAGACAAAGAUGCUUCAAGUUCCUCACGGAAUUGACACGCUAGUGACACUAAGCGGUCACACGAAUAAAGAGUUGUGUGAUCUAGCGCUGGAGGCUCUUGACCUCCUGGCCGACAUACGUCAAUAUAGAGAAGAUCAGACGAAAUCCUCUAAUCAAUCUCUCGAAUCUGUCGAUUUAGAGAAACUCAUCGUGUUGCUGUCGGACACAACGAAUCCGUCGCUUGUUCCUUUGCUCAGCGACACGAUCGCUGACAAAGUAUGGACAAAUUCAAGUGCUCAGAUUCAACUUCAAAAUGAACACAGUCUUGAAAAAUUGCUUGAAAUUUGUACCAGACUUUCGCCUUUAGUUCCAACUGCAGCGUCCGAGAUUUUACCUGCUGACGCCGAACAUCAAGUGCGAAUUUCUUGUCUGUGGGCGCUUCGAAAUACAGUAGCCAAUAACGUCCGUAAUCAAGAUUUUGUCGGUGCCUUAAGCGGCGUCCAGCACCUUGUCGGUGUGUUCAAUCAGAUACAUCAGAGUGAAGAAGUGGUUGAGGCGUUGCUAGCUGCACUAGUGUCUUUGGUCACUGGACACGCGAAAAACAGCCAGCAGCUCGUGCGCUUUGGACUUGAUAUGCUCAUUGAUCUGGCGGAAGACAACGAAAGUGAGCGACGCAAUCAGAACCGAGGCACUUUAUUACCUGCUUUAAUGUCUCCAGUUCCAGUGAAAGAAUCCAUUGGGUUGAUCCAAAAACCUGUCGAGAAGCAGCUCAAGAAUGCUGCUCUCGCACGAGAACUUCUACAUUUGAUUGCAACAUAUAAUACGCAAAAAGUGGUCAAGAAAGCUUUGGUGCUGUCAAAUUCAAAGGCAAGAAAAAGGCAAGAGUCGCAGUCAUCAUCGACGUUGAAAUCUCCUGUACACACACGCAGCAAGAUGGCAAGCUAA